CCCGAGCUGCUGACCGACGACGAUUAUAAACAUGUGACUGCAUGUGUGGUCGCUCACUUACUGCUACACCUGCCGGGAUAAUAAUAGGUCUCUGCUCCAGCUCUCUGAUAACUGCUGAGGGAAGAAGAUGGAUACCACGGACCAAGGUGCUCAGAUAGAGCCGCUGCUACCGACGGUAAAGAGCAUUGACAAAAACUAUGAUAUCAGGAAUGACGACGAGGCUGUGGUGGACAGAGGAGGAACCCGAUCCCAACAGGGAACCAACUUUGAGAAGGAAGAUCUAGAAGGCCACAGGACUCUCUACAUCGGGGUUCAUGUCCCUUUGGGCAGUACCAGGCACCGCAGCCAUCGCAGGCACCGUCACCAUGGAAACAAACACAAGAAGAGGACCAGUGACCGGGCCCUCACCUUGGUGGAGGGUAGAGAAUCUCCUGUUUAUGACACUCCCUCCCAGAGAGUGCAGUUCCUGCUGGGUACUGAGGAUGAUGAUGAGGAGCAUAUUCCUCAUGACCUCUUCACUGAGAUGGAUGAAAUCUGUGUGAGGGAUGGAGAGGAUCCUGAGUGGAGGGAAAGUGCCAGGUGGCUGAAGUUCGAGGAGGAUGUUGAGGACGGAGGGGAGCGAUGGAGUAAGCCCUAUGUAGCCACUCUGUCUCUGCACAGCCUGUUUGAGCUGCGAAGCUGCAUUAUCAACAGCACUGUGCUGCUUGACAUGAGGGCUAAUACCAUAGAAGAGAUUGCCGACAUGAUCUUGGACCACCAGGAGCUAUACUCACCACUGGGAGAUGAUCUUAGAAAGAAAGUACGUGAAACACUGCUGAAGCAGCACCAUCACCAGAACCAGAAGAAGCUGGCUAAUCGCCUGCCAAUUGUGCGCUCCUUUGCUGACAUGGGUCGGCGGACAUCGGAGCUCCACCUGGACAAGAAUGGUCAGAUGUCAUCCUCCCAGUCUCAGUUAGCUGGUUCAGAUGGGAAAGUUGACGCCAGUCGAGAGAACAGUUCUGUGGACUUCAGCAAGAUUGACCUUCAUUUCAUGAAAAAGAUCCCCCCGGGGGCUGAGGCGUGUAAUGUCUUAGUAGGAGAGCUGGAAUGUCUGAACAAGCCGGUGGUGGCAUUUGUCCGCCUUUCACCGGCGGUCCUGCUCAGUGGGCUGACUGAAGUCCCCAUCGCUACAAGGUUUUUGUUUAUUCUUUUAGGGCCAAUGGGGAGAGGCUCUCAGUAUCAUGAGAUUGGGAGGUCCAUUGCAACACUUAUGACAGAUGAUGUUUUCCAUGAUGUUGCCUACAAAGCUAAAGACCGCAAUGAUCUGAUUGCUGGGAUUGAUGAAUUCCUCGAUCAAGUGACAGUCCUGCCUCCAGGAGAAUGGGACCCAUCCAUACGGAUAGAGCCUCCAAAAAAUGUACCUUCUCAGGAGAAGAGGAAGAAAAGUAACAUUUUACCAAACGGAUUAGUAGAAGGUGAUGAUGAAGAGGAGGAAGGUGGCCAUGGGGGUCCAGAACUGCAGCGUACAGGAAGGUGGUUCGGUGGUCUAUUUUUAGACAUCAAGCGCAAGGCACCCCACUACCUGUCCGACUACACUGAUGCUUUAAGCUUACAGUGUGUGGCCUCUUUCCUCUUCCUCUACUGUGCCUGCAUGUCCCCUGUCAUCACCUUUGGAGGACUACUGGGCGAGGCAACAGAAGGACGCAUAAGUGCAAUUGAGUCGCUGUUUGGAGCCUCGCUGACUGGAAUAGCCUAUUCCCUGUUCGCCGGGCAGCCCCUCACCAUUCUCGGCAGCACCGGGCCAGUGCUUGUAUUUGAAAAGAUAUUGUUCAAAUUCUGCAAGGAGUAUGGCUUGUCCUAUCUGUCACUCAGAACCUGUAUUGGUCUGUGGACAGCUUUCCUCUGUAUCGUACUGGUGGCUACAGAUGCCAGUUCCCUCGUUUGUUACAUCACACGUUUCACAGAGGAAGCCUUCGCCUCACUCAUCUGCAUCAUCUUCAUCUACGAAGCCUUGGAGAAACUCAUCCACCUUGGAGACCACUAUCCCUUCAACAAGAACAACAACCUGGACAAACUCACCAUGUACUCAUGUUCAUGCGUUGAGCCUUCUGACCCCACCAAUGGUACCCUGAAAUAUUGGGAGCUCAAUAAUGUCACUGCCUCAGAAAUCUACUGGGAAGCACUGGAGGCCAAGGAUUGUAUUGAGAAGCGCGGGGAGUUUGUGGGCAGUGCCUGCGGCCCUCAUGGACCCUACGUUCCUGAUGUCCUCUUCUGGUGUGUCAUUCUCUUCUUUUCCACCGUCAUCAUGUCCGCUUUCCUCAAGGACUUCAAGUUCAGUAAUUACUUUCCCACAAAGGUGAGGUCCAUCAUCAGUGACUUUGCUGUUUGCUUCACCAUCCUUACCAUGGUCUUAGUCGACUAUGCCUUAGGGAUCCCCUCUCCAAAACUAAAGGUUCCCAGUGUGUUUAAGCCAACCAGAGAUGAUCGAGGUUGGUUCAUCAACCCACUGGGGCCCAACCCCUGGUGGACCGCCGUCAUUACGGUGGUCCCAGCUCUGCUUUGUACCAUCCUCAUCUUCAUGGACCAGCAGAUCACAGCUGUCAUCAUCAACAGGAAAGAACACAAACUCAAGAAAGGUUGUGGGUACCACCUGGAUCUGUUCAUGGUGGGGGUGAUGCUCGGUGUGUGCUCUUUGAUGGGCUUGCCCUGGUUCGUAGCAGCCACCGUUUUGUCUAUCACCCACGUCAACAGCCUGAAGCUUGAGUCAGAGUGCUCGGCUCCCGGCGAACAGCCCAAGUUCCUCGGCAUCAGAGAGCAACGCGUCACUGGCCUCAUGAUCUUCACCCUCAUGGGAUGCUCUGUCUUCAUGACAUCUGUGCUGAAGUUUAUUCCUAUGCCCGUGUUGUAUGGAGUGUUCCUGUACAUGGGAGCAUCUUCUCUCAAAGGCAUUCAGUUCUUUGACCGCCUGACACUGUUUGGUAUGCCAGCAAAGCAUCAGCCAGACUUCAUCUAUCUACGACAUGUACCCCUGAGGAAGGUGCACCUCUUCACCAUUAUCCAGCUCAGCUGUUUGAUUAUGCUCUGGGUCAUCAAGACCUCCAAGGCUGCCAUUGUUUUUCCCAUGAUGGUACUGGCUCUGGUGUUCAUCCGGAAGCUCAUGGACUGUUUCUUUACCAAGAGAGAGAUGAGCUGGCUGGAUGACCUCAUGCCAGAGAGUAAGAAAAAGAAGCUUGAGGACGCUGAAGAGGAAGAGGAGCAGAGUAUACUGGCGGAAGAUGAGGCAGUAGUGCAAGUGCCAUUAGAAGGGUACAAAGGAAUACCCAUCAUCAAUAUCACAGAUGAAAUGUCAAAAGGUUCUUUUGGAAAUACUUGGACAGCAACCUAAGACAUUUGAGAAAGACCUCAAA